UCUUCUGAGCUCAUCACAGGCUCCUCGGUUUACUGUGCGUCUUCCAGCUGCCUGCACGUCACUGUCACUCAGAUUUCCCAGGUGAAGCCUGGCUGAGAGACCCAGGGCCUGCUCAGGGAGCAAGGGGAGGGCGCUGCAGGGCUCUGGUUCCCAGAGCUGUGUGGGGUGACAGCGAGGGCACGGCAGACUUUUGAAGAGCUUGACAUUUAAGACGUCAUAAUUAUAAUCUCGGGUCUCUGUGCUCCUCUCCAAUUAAAUGCAGAAGCAAGGGACUGUCGUUUCUCUACAAGUCCUAGAAAUUAAAGGCAAAGGAGUCACCAAGCGGACCCCUCUCCGAACACCGAGUGAAGCAAGGCUCCCCAGCUUCUGCCAGGCAGUGGCGUUGUUUUCAGAGCUGCUCCUAGUACUGCCCUCCGGGGGUGUGGGCCCAGGCACAGCGCCCAGCCUCUGUGCGCAGCGCCUCCUCAGGUCACACGGGCCACACGGAGCCAGCUGCUCACAGAACAGAGGCCGCUGCUCACAGGCACAAGAGGUCGGCCAGAGGCGCACAGGCCAGGCUGGAUGUCCAUCCAGCGCAGCCGGACCGCAAAGCCUGCCCUCCGGAACCCCAGCCGUGGGGCCUCUCUCAGAAGGGGGCCGUGUGGGUCCGGGGGAUUCCACCACGUGCCCGUGUGUGCCGGGCCUGACCGAUUUGAGCCACGCUGGCCUCUCAGCUCCCUGCACUCGAGGCCAGAUGCUCACACAUUCACCAUGCCCCAAGCCCCAGGCCCCUGGGGCACUCGAGCCUUCCUGUGCGCAUCUUCUCCCACACUGCACUCUCCCCUGUGUUCUGCGGGGAGAACACCAGUUUCCAAGCAGCUCCAAGGCCCCGCUCGAUGGUUUUCCCCAUUCUUCCUUCCUCUGGGACCCCCGGGCCCCACGCCGGGACUGCCCUCCUCUCAUCUGCUCCCUCCUCGCCAUCCACAGCCCCGGGCCUGAGAGGGGGCAGACCCAGAACAGAUCCUGCUUCCCGCCACACGCUACCUGA